AUGAGUGCCCAGAGUGUGGCCAAAGACUCCCUGGGAAGGGCGGCCUCUACAAUUACACCCACACACUCUGAUGGAAAAACUCAUGAGUGCCAAGAGUGUGGCAAAAAGCUCAGCCUGAAGAGUUCCCUCAACAAACACACCCUAACACACACUGGUGAAAGACCUCAUGAAUGCCAAGAGUGUGGCAAAAAGUUCACUACAAAACAGAGCCUCAACAAACACACCCUUACACACACUGGUGAGAGACCUCAUGAAUGCCAAGAGUGUGGCAAAAAGUUCAGAGAAAAGAGUGCCCUCAACAUACACACCCUUACACACACUGGUGAAAGACCUCAUGAAUGCCAAGAGUGUGGCAAAAAGUUCACUACAAAACAGAGCCUCAACACACACACCCUUACACACACUGGUGAAAGACCUCAUGAAUGCCAAGUGUGUGGCAAAAAGUUCAGAGAAAAGAGUUCCCUCAACAAACACACCUUUACACACACUGGUGAAAGUCCUCAUGAAUGCCAAGAGUGUGGCAAAAAGUUCAGUACAAACCAGGGCCUCAACACACACACUCUUACACACACUGGUGAAAGACCUCAUGAAUGCCAAGAGUGUGGCAAAAAGUUCAGCCAGAAGAUUCAGCUUAACAUACACACCCUUACACACACUGGUGAAAGACCUCAUGAAUGCCGUGAGUGUGGCAAAAAGUUCAGUAUGAAGCAGAGCCUCAACAAACACACCCUAACACACACUGGUGAAAGACCUCAUGAAUGCCGUGAGUGUGGCAAAAAGUUCAGUACGAAGCAGAGCCUCAACACACACACCCUAACACACACUGGUGAAAGACCUCAUGAAUGCCGUGAGUGUGGCAAAAAGUUCAGUAUGAAGCAGAGCCUCAACAAACACACCCUAACACACACUGGUGAAAGACCUCAUGAAUGCCCAGAGUGUGACAAAAGGUUCAGUACUGUGUCUUAUUUGAACGAGCACAUCUUCCGACACUCUGGCCUGAGAGAGUUCAAGUGUGAUGUUUGUGGGAAACAUUUCAAGUUGAAGAAUGAUAUUGCCAAACACAUGAAGAUCCACUUCCGCUGAGGUGUUGUGUUGUGCUGCUGUGUGUGGUGGUGGAGGGAAGUGUAGCACAGAGAACAACAAAUAAAUAGUACAAUCUU